AUGAAGAGGAAUCAAAGCUCUCUGACUCGACUCUACAGGUGCCUGAGGCGAGCUGGGGCCAUGCAGCACCAGCUUCACCGCCAGGGGUCGCGAGGACAAGAAGCAAAAUGGCCGCGGGACAAGGUCGCGGCUAGUUACCGCGAGAAGCCACGGGAACACCUGCUGGAAACACCUGACGGGCUUCCACACGCGGACAGAGCGGCGAACGAAGGCAGUCACCGAGACCCAGCGGUUCCUCAGGGAGGCGCGGAAUCUGCUUCAGAAGGAGCACCACCAGUUUUACUUGAUGGUCCUGACAGCGGAGGCAAGGGAGCUGCCCUGGUUUGUACAGCAGAGACAGAGUCAGCGCAGCAAGACCGUCCCAACCUUAGUCACUGGCCCUGGCAUGGAUCUGAGGAGAAGCCAGAAGUCAUCCUGGAGAUGCAGGCCUCACCCUCACCCAGAGAGCCCUCGCUCUCCCAGCAUAUCUCUCCCACAGCCUCGCUGCACACACAGUCACAAAAAGGUCAACAGGAAACAUUCCAGGACUCCACCAAGACACCGCCACUGCCAUUGGUACCCUCAAGUGCCGGUGCUGAAGGACAGGCAAAGCCGGCACUGCUGGAAGUGAGACCCGAGAACAGGCCGCGCCCCAACCAGGCUACGAGAACCGGACCUGUCUGCCUAGCUGUCGCUGUCACUCUGCGCCGCACUGAUCGAUGA